AUGACCUUCCAACUGCUUAAGUCUCACGGUGAUGCCUUGUUGGUAUUCCAGACCAUCUUUGUCGUUGCCCCUUCUUUCAUCCUAUAUGGCUACAACUUGUCUGGCCUCGGCGGCCUAGUCAAUCUCUCCACAUGGGCCUCAACAUUCUCUGAGAUUGACACAGUCUUCACCACUGGCGCCACCAAGACUCAUGAUACAACCAUCCAAGGUGUUGUCGUCGCUUGCUUUACACUCGGUGCCAUCGUUGGUUCCUUCAGCUGCACCUUCUUUGGCGACACCUUUGGUCGGAAGAAGCUGAUGUUCAGUGGAGCACUUUUCACGCUCAUCGGCACCAUUCUCCAAGCCAGUUCGUUUAGUCUGGCGCAGCUUAUCCUUGGACGUAUCAUCCUCGGCAACGGUGUCGGGCAACUGAGCGCCACCGUGCCUGUAUGGCAGAGCGAAUGCUCGAAGCCGGGAAGUCGAGGCAAACACGUUAUCAUGGACGGCGUCUUUAUGACUGUCGGCUACUUCCUCGAGUCCUGGAUCAACCUUGGCUUUUACUUCACCUCUGGUACAACCGAAUGGCGCGCUCCGAUCGCCAUCUCUGCGUUCUUCUCCCUCGUGAUCCUUGCUUCUGUUUUCUCAUUCCCCGAGUCACCCAGAUGGCUGGUCCGAAUGAAUCGCAUCGACGAGGCUCGCUCUGCACUGAGUCGUUACAAAGGUGAAGAUGAACAGUCGGAUGCUGUCGCUGCAGAGCUCUCUGCGAUUGAAGCGGCUUGCGAAGACUUCCAGACGCAAAAAGCAAGCCUGGGCGAGAUGUUUACAAUGGGUGAAGAGAAACUCGCUUAUCGGUUCGGACUCUGCAUGUUACUGCAGUUUUUCCAACAGAUGUGCGGCUCCAAUCUCGUCUCUGUGUACUCGACUAUCAUCUAUCAAGAGAACCUCGGACUGAGCAGCAUCACGGCACGAACAUUGUCGGGAGGUAUGCUCACCUUCAAGCUUCUAUCCUGCUCCGUCGCUUUUUGGAGCAUCGACAGGCUCGGUCGCCGCGCUUGCUUCAUGAUCAGUGGCGCUGGUAUGGGAUCUUGUAUGGUAGCGCUCGCAGUGGCAACUUCUUUCAAAGACAACUACGGAGCAUCUAUCGCAGCCGCCUUCUUCUUGUUCUUAUUCUGCUUCUUCACGCCCAUCGGAUUCUUAGGUGCCAACUUCCUGUACUGCACAGAGGUCGCACCCUUGAGACUCCGUUCGUCUAUGUCUUCCAUCUCCACAGCAAACCAUUGGAUCUGGAACUUCGUAGUCAACAUGGUGACGCCCAUCGCAAUUCGCACGAUUGGUUGGAAAUAUUAUCUCGUCUCCGCAUGUAUUGGAGCAAUCAUCCCUGUCGUUGUCUUCUUCUAUUUCCCAGAGACAAAAGGUCGCACGCUAGAAGAGUUGGAUAUCAUGUUCAAGCAGGUCCCCUCGAUAAGGGAAAUCGUUAAGGUCUCGCAGCAGCAGCGAAUCAUCUACGAUGACUAUGAAAUCCCGAACGGCAAAUCUGGGAUCGAGAUGAAGGAGGAUAUUGAUGACAGUGAGAAG